UGCCAAAUGGAGCCUAGCCAAUCCAUGCAAUCAUGCAUGCAUGUAUACAAAAUUUACACAACUUGUCCAAACCAACCAUUCAUUUUCAGUUCCAUUUUCAAACAUAAUCACCAAUUCUCCAAAAUGCCUCAGGCAGCCUUUUCAACUCUCCGGCUAAACGCUAUCCUGAUUCUGUCACUGCUCUGCUGCCUUCUCUUCGUUGCAAAUUGCGACGACCUCACACAACUUCUUGAAGUUAAAUCUUCCCUGCAGAGCUCAAAAACAGAUGUUUUCAGUUCCUGGCAAGACAACAAUCUGAUAACAAGUUUCAGUGGGAUUAAAUGCAACGAAGAAGGCCUCGUUACAGAAAUCGAGCUUUCUCAUCAGCAUUUGACAGGAAAUGUUCCUUUUGACUCAAUUUGCCAGCUGAAAUUCUUGGAAAAACUCUCUCUUGGAGCCAAUUCAUUGUCUGGUCCCCUGACAAAAGAUCUAAAUGCCUGUACUAAUUUACGGUACUUAGACCUGGGAAAUAAUUUUUUCUCAGGCUCUGUGCCUGACAUAUCUUCUCUUACAAAUCUUCUUGUGCUGCAUCUGAAUUUUAGUGGCAUCUCGGGUACGUUCCCAUGGGCUUCGCUACAGAGUAUGACUAAUUUAACUGUGCUAAGCCUGGGAGAUAAUUCGCUUGAUCGGAGUGUUUUUCCUGAGGAAGUCACAGGGCUUAAGGAGUUGACCUGGUUGUACUUGUCGAAUUGUAGUAUAGAAGGGAAAAUUUCAAGUGGGAUUGGAGGCCUAACAAAGCUUGAAAAUCUUGAGCUAGCAGAUAAUUACUUAUCAGGGGAGAUUCCAUCAGAAAUCGCGAAUCUUGUGAACUUAUGGCAGCUUGAGCUCUACAACAAUGAGCUGAAUGGAACAUUUCCUCCUGGAUUUGGGAACUUGACAAAAUUACGUAAUUUUGAUGCCAUGGGCAACUUUCUUGAAGGUGAUCUCUCGGAGCUCAGAUUUUUGGAUCAGCUGGUGAGUUUACAGGUACAUGAGAAUCUGUUUUCUGGUCAAGUUCCAGAGGAGUUUGGUGAAUUCAAGCAUUUUGUGAACCUCUCACUUUAUGGUAAUCAGCUGACAGGGCCACUUCCUCAGAUGCUUGGCUCCUGGUCAGAUUUCGAGUUCAUCGACGUAUCAGAGAAUUUCUUCACGGGUCCAAUUCCUCCUGAUAUGUGCAAAAAUGGAAAGAUGGCUGAGCUACUUAUACUUCAAAACAAUUUCUCUGGAGAGAUACCAGAAAAUUAUGCACGUUGUCAGACGCUGACGCGUUUUCGUGUAAGUAUCAAUUCUUUAUCUGGUAGAGUGCCUAGUGGAAUUUGGGGUUUGCCUGAUCUUAAUAUUAUUGAUGUCGCGAUGAAUAGUCUGGAAGGUCCAAUUAGUCCAGAAAUUAGAAAUGCAAGGUCUUUAACUGAACUUUAUUUAGGUAAUAAUCAGUUUUCUGGUGACUUACCUCUGGAAUUACUGGAAGCUUCAUCAUUAGUAUCUGUUGAUUUGAGUAACAAUCAUUUCUCUGGCCAAAUUCCGAGGAAAUUUGGUAGAUUGAAUCAGCUAAUGAGCCUGCAUUUGGAAGGGAACGAUUUUACAGGCACAAUACCUGAUUCAAUGCAAUCUUGUGAGUCUCUUAGCGAGUUAAACAUGGCUCACAAUUCAAUUUCUGGUAAAAUCCCGGGCUAUCUUGGGUCGAUGAGGAUGCUCAACUCACUGAAUUUGUCUCACAAUCAAAUAGCUGGAAAAAUUCCCCAAACUCUGUCUUUUUCAAGAAUUAGCCUGCUUGAUUUAUCACACAACAGACUCACCGGACGUAUACCAAAGUCCCUUUCUGUUGCAGCCUAUAAUGGUAGUUUUACUGGAAACGACGGUCUCUGCAGUGAGGACAUUAAGUCCUUUCAAAGGUGUUCAACUAGUAUGUCUCCAGAGACUCAGACUUUAAUUGCUUUCUUUACAGUUGUUUUAGUUGCCCUUGUGAUCUCACUAGCAUAUCACUUGUACCUCAAUAAGAGACGUGCUAAUAAGGAUCAGGACCGUUUAUCAGAGAAGCGUUCAUGGAAUGUGAAAUCAUUCAAUGUCUUGAGUUUCACAGAAGAUCAGAUCAUUAACUCAAUCAAAAAAGAGAAUUUAAUAGGCAAGGGCGGGUCUGGAAACGUCUACAGAGUGGAUCUUCCCAAUGGCACACAAUUGGCAGUAAAACACAUCUGGAAUUCGGAUAUAAAUGAGGCCAAAAAGACUUAUAGCAGCUCAACAAUGUUGCAAAAGGGUUCAAAAACCUCCUCUGAAUACGACUCAGAGGUAAAAAUGCUGAGCGCCAUAAGACAUGUCAAUGUUGUGAAAUUGUACUGCAGCAUCACAAGUGAGGACUCAAGUCUGCUGGUCUACGAGUACAUGCCUAAUGGGAGCCUGUGGGAUCAACUGCAUACUAAUUCCGCGAAAGGGAUUCUUGAUUGGGAUAAAAGGUAUAAAAUAGCGGUUGGUGCUGCAAAAGGCCUGGCCUAUCUUCACCAUGGCUGUCACAGGCCAGUUAUUCAUCGCGAUGUCAAGUCCAGCAACAUUUUGUUAGACGAACUUUUAAGGCCUCGAAUUGCAGAUUUUGGACUGGCAAAAGUGGUGCAGACUAGUUCAACUUAUUCUACUCAUGUCAUUGCAGGAACAUUCGGCUACAUUGCCCCUGAAUAUGGAUACACAUUUAAUAUAAACGAGAAGAGUGAUGUUUAUAGCUUCGGGGUGGUUCUGAUGGAGCUAGUCACUGGAAAAAGGCCACUAGAGCCAGAUUUUGGAACGAGCAAGGACAUAGUGAGCUGGGUCUGCAGCAAGCUGCCUGAAAAAGAAGGCGUUUUGAGCAUAAUCGACGCGAAGAUUAGGCAAGACUGCAGAGAAGAAGCGGUGAAGGUUCUGAAGAUUGCGAUUUUGUGCACGUCCAGGCUGCCAGCGUUAAGGCCAACAAUGAGAAAUGUUGUGCAAAUGCUGGAGGAUGCAGAGCCAUGCAGACUCAUCGGUGUGCUUGAAUUUAAGAACAGUGCUAGCAAGAAAGAAAAUCUGUAGAUGAGUGAUAUUAUGUAGCAGCAAUUUAGCAGAAAUCUUGAAUCGGAAUUAAACGGUUGAUCUGAUUCAGAAUUUAUUAAGAAUUUGUCGAUUUUUUUUUGAUGAA